AUGAUCGGAUUCAAAGUCUUCUCCCUCCUGGGCCUGGCGCUCGGCGUCGCCGCCCAAGGAUCAUUCGGUGCCUCAGAAAACUCGGCCAAGAUCCUCUCACUUUUGGUCGAAGCAGACAAGGUGACUGUCAAGUCCGGUCAAGCUGCAGCAGCCUAUACUCCCAACAACCAACGCGCGACCAAAAACCUCGAGAACUUGAACGCUCAACUUCUCCAAUCGUGGCAAGCUGUCACCACCGCCGCACAGUCCAGCCAAGGAUUCUACACCGCGAGCGGAGCCCAAGCCAUCGUCGACUUUCUCAACAAACGCCUGGGUCCGGACACAACAGCUGCCGAUCUCAUUUACACCAACCAGCGCGAUACUUUUGUCAAGGGGGGAUUCAUCGAUUACAUCAAUCCUGGUCUCCUCAAGCUGAGAACUGCCGUGGACGCUGCAUCAGCUGCCGUCAAAACGAAGACGCCUGCCAAGUAUCUAACCCCCAUGGAUUUGGGAUUCUUGAUCGUCGUGCAGGACUACGCGAACACGCAGGAGAUUCAGCAAUUCGGCGGAAACGCCAGUGUCUUCAGCGGGUCGUUGUGUACUAGCCCGGUACCACCUUACAACAGUGGAAAGAGUGGAAAGAGUGGAAAGAGUCCCAAAUCAUACUCUUCUUGA